AUGCUGCUUCGCAAAGGCUUCAGGGAGCUGGUUGUUGCUGAUGUGGCUGGACCCCUGGCAGUAGAAUCUGGGGCUCCAGGGCCAGACACCUGCCCUGGUCAGUUCCUCCUGGAGCUGCGGCCCCAUCUCCCAGAUCCCCUGGAGGGCUCUGUUGCGCAGUCUGUGAACUGGAGCCAGCACGCCCUGCCCCUGGGCCGGCUGCUCAGAGUUUAUGAAGACCUGAGGUAUAAGCUCGCCCUGGAGUUCCCCAGUGGCUACCCUUACAACGCGCCCACGGUGAAGUUCCUCACACCCUGCUACCACCCCAUUGUGGACACCCAGGGGAAUAUCUGCCUGGACAUCCUGAAAGACAAGUGGUCUGCCCUGUAUGAUGUCAGGACCGUCCUGCUGGCCAUCGAGAGCCUGCUAGGAGAACCAAACAUUGAUAGUCCUUUGAACACGCAUGCUGCCGAGCUCUGGAAAAACCCCCCAGCCUUUAAGAAGUAUCUGCAAGAAACCUACUCAAAGCGGGUCUCCAGCCAAGAUCCCUGA